UUUUAAUAAUCCGUUUCGGGUUGCAUCUUGAUACGGAUUGUGGACUAAUCUAUACAGCAAUAUCUAUAUUUGAGGAUUUGUGGAUUUUCAUUCCACUGUCCAGAUUAUAUCUCAAUUCUCUCUCGAACUCGAAUCGUCUGUAGUCGUCAGUACUGCGUACUUCGUACCACCUCCAUUGUUGAGGAACAGCUUAGAGCAAAGAUGACGGAGGCCAUGAUAAGGAAGAAGCCAGGCAUGGUCAGCGUGAAGGACAUGCCACUUCUUCAAGAUGGGCCGCCGCCUGGAGGUUUUGCUCCGGUCCGGUUCGCCCGUCGGAUCCCUAACACCGGUCCCAGUGCGAUGGCCAUUUUCCUCACUGCUUUGGGCGCCUUCUCUUGGGGCAUGUAUCAGGUUGGCCAAGGAAACAAGAAGCGCAGGGUAAUUAAGGAAGAAAAGUAUGCUGCCAGAAGGGCUAUAUUGCCCAUGCUACAAGCUGAAGAGGAUCAAAGAUUUGUCAAAGAGUGGAGGAAGUAUGUUGAAGAAGAGGCAAGGAUAAUGAAGGACGUUCCUGGUUGGAAAGUGGGUGAGAGUGUGUACAACUCAGGAAGAUGGAUGCCCCCUUCUACAGGAGAGCUUCGUCCCGAUGUCUGGUAAGGCCGCCUUUACAGUUGCAGAGACAACAGAAAAUCAUCUUUUUUCUGUAAUUGCAGUCUACUGUGUUUGGGAUGCUUGUAAUAAUGUAACCUCCAAGUUGAGUUCAUGCUGUCCAGAAUUGUUGUGUAGUUUUCUUUUUCAAAAUCAUUUAAAUAUAUUCCCUGAAGAGAAUUGGGAGUAUUAAUAGAACUCUACAAGUUUCGUGUCCUCUUACUUAUUGACUUACUCAUUGGGCCAUUUUGUUUGAUGAGAAAGACACUACUCUAUGCGUUAUUGUUUUUUUCCUUGUUAUUGGUUAAUGAUGAAUUCUGAAGUGAACAG